ACCAAAAUAGGACAGAGCUGUCUGCGCCAGUCCUGCACGAGCUAAAUUGAGGUUCAUGUUUUGUUUUUUUUGAAGAGGAGCGUUCAAAGAGGGGACACACUGCCGAGUGUUGAACAGCACGGUUCAUUCAUGGACAUAGGAUGAGAGAUACCAUGUCACAUAAGCCAGCUGAAAUCUACACAUACGACUUCUGUGAUAGUGGCCAUCCAACAGAGCUCCUUGAUGCACUCAGGCAUUUCUACGUUAGUGGCCUGUUCACCGACGUUGCUCUACAAUGUGGCGAGUCCGGACAGGUGUUUCACUGCCACAAGGCGCUGCUGUCAGCCCGCAGCUCAUAUUUCAAAGUCAUGUUCACAGCUGAUAUGAGGGAGAGGUCAAACAGCGUCAUCAAACUCACCGGGGUAGACUGCGGGGUCCUGGGUGUUCUGGUGAACUAUGUGUACACAGCUCAGGUGUGUAUCACUGCGAGCAACGUGCAGAGCCUGCUGGAGGCUGCAGAUCUCCUGCAGUUCCUUUCUGUGAAACAAGCAUGCGAGGAGUUUCUCAUUCGCCUCCUGGAUGUGGACAACUGCCUGGGGAUGCAUGCUUUUGCUGAGCUGCACCUGUGUCCCAGCCUGGAGAGGGAGGCCCGCAGAGUGAUGCUGAGCAGGUUCACGGAGCUCAUUCAGCAGGACGAGUUCCUAGAACUGGAUCAUGGGAACAUGACUUCACUUUUGACCGCUCAGAACCUCACCGUUCAGAGGGACGAUCUGUUGAUAGAUGCUGUGGCUAAGUGGGUGACCCAUGACUUGAAUAAUCGUGUUCACUGUGCUGCAGAGUUGCUGCACUCCAUCCAUCUGGACCUGGAUGAGAUUGACUUUAAAGCUACUUUAGAUGUGCACAAACCAUGCUUGCUGAACAGUGAAGGGAAGCUUAAAUCUAUGAUCAUUCAGGCUUUAAGGUCCAAUGGCAAGGAGAUGUCUGCAAGCAGAAAAAUGUCUUCCAGCAUGUAUGUCAUCGGCGGAUACUACUGGCAUCCUCUUUGUGAGGUUCACAUAUGGGAUCCUAUCAGCAACACCUGGGUUCAAGGAAAAGACAUGCCUGACCACGCAAGAGAGAGCUACAGCAUCAGUUUACUUGGAGCAAAUAUCUAUGUGACUGGUGGUUACAGGACAAACACUGUUGAGGCUCUGGACACAGUUUCAGUUUAUAACUGUGACUAUGAUGAAUGGACCGAGGGUUGCUCCAUGAUCACAGCGAGAUACUACCACUGCUCUGUGGCUUUGCAUGGCUGUAUUUAUGCCAUCGGAGGCUACAGAGGAGGAGCACCAGAGCAAGAGACAGAAUAUUAUGAUCCAUUGAAAAAGAAAUGGUUCCCUUUGGCCAAAAUGAUCCAAGGUGUAGGAAAUGCCACUGCCUGUGUAAUGGGAGAUAAAAUCUAUGUGACCGGAGGUCACUAUGGGUACAGAGGAAACUGCACCUAUGAAAAAAUCCAAGUCUACAAGCCAGAUGUCAAUGAGUGGAGUAUCAUUACAAUAAGUCCACAUCCAGAGUACGGGCUGUGCUCUGUGUCUCUCGACAACAAGCUGUAUUUGGUGGGUGGACAGACGACUAUCGCAGACUGCUACGACAUAGAGAGAGACAAAUGGAGACCAAUAUCAGUGAUGAAGGAGAGGAGGAUGGAGUGUGGGGCGGUGGUAAUAAAUGGUUGUAUUUAUGUAACAGGGGGAUACUCAUACUCAAAAGGGACUUAUCUGCAGAGCAUUGAGAAAUAUGACCCUGAGCUGGACUCUUGGGAGAUUGUGGGGACUCUUCCAAGCCCAGCCAGAUCACAUGGAAGUGUUUGCGUUUACAGUGUUUAGUGUCAAACCCUUAUCACAUCAUUUUGUCCCAAAUGAAUCAGAUGGUGAAUUGUAUUCUGUCAAAGUCUGCAAAUGUCAGGUACACACUAUCACACAAGAUGUCGAGUUAGCACAUUAUACCUGCCUUUAUAGGGCUACACAUUUGCCAAACUGUGAAUACACUAAUAAUAAGCAUUACACUUAAUCUCAGGGGCUUCACAAGUAGCAUUUUAGUUAACUUUUGGGUAUUUCUGUUUUUAUGGAUUGAAAGAAAAGACUAAGAUUUAGAAAAAAUAGUAUUAUUUAAAACUUAAAUAUACAUAUACACGGAAUCCACCUGCGACUACUGAUGCAUGUUUUUUUUUAAAUUUUUUAAAUACAACUGUACUAUUACUUGAUUAAAUAAAUUACGACCUGUA